GACACGAGCUAGUGGUACCCGGUGUACAUACCAGUAUCCAUCCAGACCUUCUUCGCUGCACUUCGGCUGCGGUCGGUCGAUCCCGCUCCCGCUCCCGCCCGUUCUCCUUCUCUCCCUUUUCCUCCUCUCGUACGCUCGUGCGAUCGUUACUCCGAGAGCGUUCGCGAGCGAGGACCCGCGGCGGCAGGUGAAAAGCCCGACGCUGCUUGUACGUUCCGCUGUUUCCGACGCGCGACACACAACGCAACACGUUCGACGCUCCCGCCGCGACGCCUGUCAUCGGCCAGCGCAUUGCCAGUCGACGGACACGAGGAGAUAGAGCGCUAACCGCGAGGCUUAACAUUGGCAAGAGGAUACGCGUUGACGUUCGAGCGACGUGGAUAGACGAACCGUGCCACGAUAUCCCGACCGGAACGGAUAUCUCACGGGAGUCGAAACGAGACACUGCGCUCAUCGACAUCGCGAGAGAUCCAAACGAUAAUCGCGUUCCAAAUAGCGCGUUGCGUAUUGACAUCGAAGAGCCUGGGAUAAACCGAGGAAACGUGCUCCGACUGGUGUGCUCCGAUUGUGCUCCGCUAACUAAAUCCUGCUCGAGGUGAAUCAGUGCGGAUGUUUUGUGACUGGAAAGUCUAAACAACGGCUAUAAUCCGAAACAAAAUUUACUAUUAUAACUGAGGAGCUUGGAUUAAAUAGAGGAUACUCAACGCUGUAUUCCAGUAGUGACGAGAAUCAAGAUAAAACGGGUGAAACAAUCGAGCAAGUCCGUAACCGCGAGCUACAGUAGGAUAGCUUGAUUGAAGAGAUAUCGGGAUAAGUAGCUGGAUCAAGACGUGUAAUCUCCAAAACGAAUCGAGACGGAUAACGGGCAAUCUGAUAGAUAUCCAUCCCGAGACAAGACAAAUUGGCGCAGCGGAUUAGUUGCGCGGAUAGCUGAGUUCAAGUGACGAUCACAAGCUGAAUAGGAUAACGCGCUUAAGCAGCUUGGGAUAUACCCCUCGCGUAGCUGGGGGAUCAAUCGGCAACUAGCUUAAUUUUGGAGCGGGUCGAGAGGCGCGCUCGAACGGGGGAACGCACAUUCAGCGCGAGAUGAAAAAUAAAUGAGCGCCGGGAUCAAGCGGCUGAAAUUUUCAAUAACGUAUAACGCUAUACCGCGUGCCCUCAUAUAAACAUACACAUAUUCAACACGAAACGAGACAAGUCGCGGUGUGGCGGUGGACGCGAUCAGCCGGUCGUUGCACCUCGUCUGCUCGCUCCGGUAAAUCUCUUACGAACGUCUCUUCGCGAUAUACCGUUACCACCACAACACACCGGCCUCCGCCUCUCGUGUUAUACGUGCGCGUGAAGAGAGGCCCGCUUCACGCCGACCAGCGCGAACCGGAUACCCAAUUCCGCUCUCCGAAGCGAACGAGGACGCGCUCUCCGAGCCGAGCGUGUGUUUACCUUUGGUAGAAGAUUGUGAAUCGGAAUUUAGAGGAGGAUUUUAAACGCCUCCAGCUAGCCGUCAAAGAUAUUACGAAUGUUCGCUUGCGCGAAGCGGCAUUGAAUUAUCCUAAAAGGCAAGUCCGACAAAUCUCAAACCCGUCGCGUCGUAGAGAAGAUAGGCGAUAAGCCGAACGAAUAUAUCGGUGACAGCAGGAAGAAGCGGGCGAUUUCAAUUCCCCCUCAGAGACCAUCCGGAGUCGAACCCUAACGGAGUGAAAAAGUGCCGAUUAUCGCGUGGGAGGAGGGCAGUCGAGCGAUACACGGGAAAAUUCCUGCGGCCGUUAUGCGCACGCUGACCGAAGCGAUGAAGCAUCGCGCGAUCAGCUGACUAGUCGAGCUGUUCGGCGGCCGCACCGCUGAUAAGGAUAAUACUCGGGACGAGCAUUCCCAGCGACGCCCGCCGCCCACUUGCUCUGUCAUGACAUUUGGCACGCCGUUCCACACCGAGAAAUCGCAGUUGGCCAGCGAGAAUUCCGCUCGGACCGGCAGCAUGGCAGCCGAGGAGGGAAUGCUGAGUGGUGGCUUGGGCGCGAAAUUGAAAUGCCCGACCCCCAUAUCGCGGUUGAGGGUGGAGAAGAUCGAGGGCGGCCUGAUGGUGGCCGGCGUGGUAAUAGCGGCGAACUGCCAGAUCGCCCUUCCGGCGUUUGGCACUCUCUUCAUGCUCGUCGGCGCCGUACUCACUGCUGCUUCUUAUCGCGGCCCCGGCGAGGACGAGGACAAGAACUCGUACGCCGCACGAAUCGCCUUUACCGGCAAUUCCCGUAUCUUGGGGCCGAUCUGCAUAGUCGUGGGCGCCCUUAUGCUCGCGCUCGGCGUGCUACUCUGCAUGCUCACGAGACGGGCGAGGCGGAGAGAGCGCAGGGUGGGCUUCCACUGCCCGCUCCACGGGGAUUUCUACCCUCUGAGUCCGGUCCAAGGUAUCAAGAUGCUCGGGGUAUCUGGCAAGGACGUGAGCGCAUGGCCGAAGAUCCCGUGUCUGAGAGGCCGCACGUCUAGCAAAGGCGGAAGCGGUGCGGGAGGGCCGCACGUAGGCCCGCCGCAAUGUCCGCACUCCGUUUUGAGCAGCACCCGCAGCUCCGUUAGCAGCUCGCCUUUGAGCCCGUGCCCGACGCCCAUGCCCUUCCUGGUGACCUCGGGCUCCGUCAGUAGCGGCAUGGUGCAAAGCGUCGGGGCCAAUUUAUCGCCGGCCGAAACAUUCGGAUCGAUCCGGUCGCUUUCGGUGACGAGGGAAGUCGCCAGUUUCCCUCUAUCGCGGACGCCCACGCCGCCCCCGCAGCACAGACCGUCGGCGGUAUUGGCGACGAACCCCGAGGAGCUGGUGGGCGUCGGUAGCCCCCUGAGGGAGGCUUCACCCAGGCCGGAGGUGCGCGUGGUCGCGCCGUCCCAUCGGCCACUACCGACGUCCGCCCUGGCCGCAACAAACCAGGUCGUCUCCACGGCGAACCGAAAAUCCGUCAGCAUACUGCUACCCGAGCAGAGCGGAUGACAGCAGCAACAGCAGCGACAGCAGCAGCAGUUGCUGCAUCAGCAACAACAUAAGCAACAGCAGCACGGCUUCGUGCACCGUUGCGACGAGCAGCCGCUCUCGAUCUAGGAGAAUCUUCUCGUUCGUCGAGGCUGCGACGAUGAAAACGACGCGUCUCGCGUUACACGCCGAUCCGAUUCGGGUAACUGAGAAUUAAUUGAUCUCGUCACGUUUCUCGUCCGCCCCGAUCUCGGGCACGGUCUCCGCAUAUACGAUGCAUGAGUAAAACUGUCUGACGAACGACGGAGGUGAGUGAUUGAUGACUGGUUAACGUCGGUUAAUGGUCAAGCUCGACCGGCCAAAACUCCGUUUUAAGUCUGACCGUUUUAGAUCGCGAUCGACCCGCAAGGACCCCGAGAGGGCUUGAACUAUCGUCGACAUUAGGAAACGAGGGACCUCGUGAUGAAUCCUUCAUCACUUUUUACCGCUUGAUUAACGAUACUCUAUACGCGAAUCAAUAUUUUAAACGAUACUCUAUACGCGAAUCAAUAUUUUAAACUAUCGUGAAUUAUCAUUGCUUAUACGGAGACAUUGUCUGAUGAUAUCUCGACUAGAAACCGUGCUCGGUGUCUCCAUAUAGUCUGAUACUCGAUGGAAAAUCGUCAAAUUACAUCGCACAGUUUCAUUACGUAAUUGAAAAAAAAAAAAUACGAUUGCUGGGAAUUUUCCAGCACUAUGCAGUAAUAAUAUUCGAAAAAUAACAAUGACAUUGAAAAAUUUUGCGUUUUCAAGCUGUGGCAGAAUUGAUCGCGCUUAUGUUUACUUACUCUGUCGCAUUGUUAGAGCGUUAUUGUGCAUUGUUAAUCAUCUAAAAAUAUACACAGCACUAAUCAGAAAUGCUAUUUGACACGCAUCUUAACCUUCGAAAAUUACAUAUUAUUAACAAGCAUCAUAGUGCAAACACAAUGAUGUGUUGUGUGGAAAUCUACCAGCUAGAUAAAAAUAUAGAACUGUGGUUUAAGAAUUCAUCUUUUGCUUGGAAAGCAAAAUAAAUGAAUUUUCACCGAGAAAACGUAUAAAAUUUAUACGUUCGUACCACGUUCGUUUGUUAUUUAAUUAAAAACACGUUGGUGUUUAUUUUAUACGUAACGAAAUUUGCAUGUUUUACUCUACAAUUAACAAAAACUAUUUCGCAAAUUAGACUUGACUCACGGUACUUUUGUGCGGCCCGUCGAUAAAAUAAUUUUGAUAAACAUUUACAAGCUUCGAUUGUUAUUAUUGAUACGCUUUUUCUUUCUUUUUUAGCAAUUAUAAUAAAAUAAAAUAUUAGCGGUUAUAAUAAAAAUGUGCAAGUAUUUGCGCAUAUAUCGAAAUAUUGAAUUUUUCAAACAUCGUUAUAUCUCUUUUGAUCUCACGACAGCGAAAAGAAAUGAAUAUCUGAGCUGUUAUUUUGGAUAUUGGAUAAUUUUUUUAAUAAAAAGAAACAAUAAUUUAUUUAUGUUAGACAGAUUAUUCUACAUUAUAAAUAUGGAAUUGUAAUAUGUUAAUUUUUGGUUUACUUUUUAUCGCGAGAUCGUAAUUUUGCGAAUGCAUGUUCGCGAAUUAAUACCAUACGCGAACAUCAUUUGCCUCUUUGCGCAUUAAGGACGUACUAUUCUCAGCAGGGCGUCCCUUUCUCGCGCAUCGAAAGGGCUAAUGUCUGGGGAGGGAGACACCCAGCACGGUUUUGCACUAUCAGCGCAUUAAUUAAGUCUCAGUUAUUCUCGACUCGCAAUCGAGCGAUACGCCUUCCUAUUUACACUACCGCCAAGCUCCACCGUCUCGAACAUUUACAUCCCGGUAGAUAUUCGUCGCAACGGGGCGCGUUUCUGGCCAAAAGUAGUUCUUAAGGUAUUCUCGCGCGCGAUUUACCACGACCCCUCGAGACAUCAAACACACGAUCCAUCGAAGUGAGAGAGGUCGAGAUUAAUCCGAGUCCCCUCCUCUCCUUGUCUUGCUCUUGCUCCUUUCACUCCUCUUUAGCCCUCCAGUACUGAAACGCGGUCUCGCGGAUUAUUAGAUUUUUGUCACACCAGCGGUUUGGGAUCAGCGAAUAAAUACGUUUGCACGUUGUUUAUUAUUACAUUUUUUAUUCCGCACUCUGAAAGCUUAAUUUAUCAAAUUUUUUUAACAGCAACGUAAAGUAAAAUUCUGAAAAAUAGCGACGUUGACUAACAAGUUGUAAGACAAGUAUCCUAAACCGCAUUUAUCAGCGUAGGCGCUAUAUAUUCACAGCAUCUUUUGCUGACUCAACUUCCAAGAACGUCUUUGGUAUUGGAGGCAGGCUGGAGGUCAACUUUCCCUCUCUCUUUCUCUCUUUCUCUCUCGCGACCAAAUCUCCGAUAUCGGUCACGGGAAUCGAUAUCGCGAGAGCGGUGAAAAUUCUCGAUUGAUUCAGAGAGAUAGGUAAAUACGUUAACUAAAUAGAUAAACCGGUGCGGAGAUGGCACGGAUGACGCUGGCAGAUGUUCAAAGCUUGCCUAGACGGGUCGAUGAGAUUUUCGGUCCAAUUCGCGCAGGAUUGAGAUGACGCUCUUCUUUUUAAUCCAGACGGAUUAUCCCCGACCUGGUUCAUCUGAUUCAACGAAAAACACCUAACCCGGCAUUUACGCUAGGUAGUACGACAGAUUUCCCGGUGCGAUCCAGCACGUCAGUUCAGCCUUUUUUCCUCGGCAUUUGCAUUAGCUUGAAAUAAAUUGGCUUUCGUAAUAACUUGACACUUUUUGAAAAUUUGUUUAGUAAAAUAUGAUGGGAAUUAUAAUUUAGAGAAAUUUUUGUGUCAUAUUUCACAUUUACGAGUUUGAAAAACGACGUGAAUCAUUUGUCGCGGUUGAAUGUCACUAUUGAAUUUAUAUAGGAUCAUUUAUCACGUUUGAAACGUCACUGACGAACAUUUGUUUCUAUUUCGCGAUCAUAAAUAACUUGCGUGAUUUCUGAAAUGAGAAGCGCAUGUCUAGAGACUGAAAAGAUAACAAUUCUGCAUAAAUAUCGGCAUCCCCGGGAAAGAUUGUUUGGAGUAUUGAUUAGUUGAAAAAGUCAGGAUGAAACGACUAGCAGAAUGACUG